AAAAUGUUUAAAUGUAUCUUAAUAACGUUCUUAGUAAAUCAAAUCACGUUGAUAAAGACUGAAUGGUUGCCAAAUAGAAAUCCAGCGAAGUUAUCCGAUGGCGCUGCAUAUAUUGGGUCGCGACGGUCAAGUGGAAUGAAAUGGACGGUGGUUGAAAAGUCCCUGCAGGUUCUUGGACCUACUUCACCAGUCGUCUGCAAUACAUGCAACUGUACGAAGGAUCAUAAAGAAUAUUUGUAUGUGGAUUGCUCGUACUUAAGUCUAGAAAACGCGUUCCAAACUGUUAGUCAAAAUACCUUUUGGCUAGAUUAUUCAUACAAUUAUAUUUCUGAAGUGAAAUAUGGCAAUUUCCGAGGCUUAAACAUUUUGCAAUACCUGAACUUGCAAUACAAUAGUAUAGAAUGCCUUGAUUCGGACACAUUUGAAGACCUAACUGAUCUGAUGGAAUUACAUUUAGAUCAUAACCAUAUGUUUGUUUUGCAAAUUCAUAUUCCAAUAGGGACGUUCGAUUCCCUGAAAAAUCUUCGCGUACUUACUGUGCAUGCCAAUGUUCAAAAGAAUAGUGAUUCAAAACUCAUCGGCAGGACGUUCCGAAAUUUAAUUAAUUUAAAUUUUCUUGCCAUCGAUGGAUUUAGAAAGAUAAAGUUUGACGAAAACUUCUUAAAUACCAACGUGUCUACAUUAGUUCUGGCAGGUAAACCUCCUUGGGGAUGUGACAUAGACGUUAUAGAAGAUGAUACGUUCAGUGGGCUGCCCAAACUGCAAACUCUCUCGUUGAGGAAAUGUAAUUUGUCAUCACUAUCACCAGUUGCUCUUUCACAACUUAAAUCCUUAGAGAACCUUGAUAUUUCGAGCAAUAUCCGGUUGGGAAUGACCCAAUUGUUAGGUCCCAUAGCGAAGGCCUUAAUCAACAGUACGGUUAAAAUACUGAACAUAAAUGAGAUAACUGAUCCUUUUGAAUCGGUUAACAAGUUAGAUAACAAUAACUUGCUGUACAUUAAUCAAGUAAAUUUAACGGAAUUGUAUAUGGAUUCCAAUUGUAUCGAUUUGAUAGAUUAUCACAAUCCUUUAUUUUCAAAAUCUUAUACACUGAAAGUUUUGAGUUUACGACAAAAUAUGUUAUUUAAUGCGUUUUUUCUCGAUAAACUCAUAUUAACUAAUCCGAGCAUUGAAGAGCUAGAUUGCGGAAAUCAGUUUCAGGUCUGGAAUGAAAAUAGAGUUGCUGCAGAACGCGCGCGUCGUGAAACAAAUGCAGCUUUUAAUCUUUCGGUAAUAAGUAUGAAGACAUUUAUAUUUACCGGAUUGAAGUCUUCUUUAAGCAUUUCUGUGUUCGGAGACACGCAAAAUGUUUUGGAAUAUAUUGACAUUUCGUCCAAUCAAAUACAAAUAUUAGACGACGACGAUCUACAUUCUUUGUUCAAUUUAACGUUUCUGAAUGUAUCUGACAAUCUUAUAGAAAACGUGUCGCUGACAGCAUUUAGAGACACAAUAUCUUUAAAAUACCUCGAUAUGAAAUACAAUCGUUUAGGCUACGCAUUAGGAACUGAAGAAGCUAUGGAUAUAUUUUUACCUCUGAAAAAUCUAGAAACACUUAAUAUAUCAAAGAAUAUGAUAUACAAUUUAAAGGAGUCACUAUUAACUCAAUGUGCCAGCAUGAGGGUAAUUGAUAUCUCGAAAAAUUACCUAGACAACUUCGAUCUUAAUUUGCAUAAUUUAAGAAAUUUGACCUUUCUAAAUCUUAAAAACAAUCGAAUACAAACACUAUCAUACACAGUUCGCUCAUACCUGUCUAACAUUGUGAGUAACCAUGAAUUGGUUGUUGACUUAGAAAACAAUAAAUUAACGUGCGACUGCGAUAAUAUUGAAUUUCUAAAAUGGUUGCUAACUACAAAAUGUUUCUUUCACAGGAAAACAAUUUUAUAAGUGUUACUUCAGCAAUUCUAGCCACGCUUUGAUAAAUUCAGCUACAGUGCAAGCUCUCGAGGCUGAAUGUUACAAGUACUUAGCUUUGAUUUUAUCACUUACGUCAUUAAUUACCCUGUUUUUUGUUGUAAAUUUCUCAGUAAUUACCUUUAGAUAUCGCUGGCAUAUUGUGUAUUGGUACUACAACGUCGUAAGAAAUAGAGAUCGUGUUUCCAAUGUUAGGCAACAACUGUUCCAGUACGAUGCAUAUUUCGCCUAUGCUGACAAUGACAGCAGUCCAAUUAUCGUGGCGUUGCAUAAUAAGCUUGAAAUUGAAUACAAC